CAAAGACGUGAAGGAAUUUCCGGUGACGUCGCUGCGUAUGUCCAUAACAGGGCUGCAGCUGUCUGAGAGCAACAAUAACAAGCUGUAACCGACAACUUAUACACGGCUUUAAUACUACCGACAGCGCCAAAUCACACCAAAUCUACCAAAAUGUGGCUGUCGAAUUAACUGUGGCCUCUGCCUCUUCGUCCUCCGAGUCGGAAACCGGCGGAGCGUCGCUGCCACCGCCGCGGAAGAAACACCGAGACUCGGCCGCAGAGGGAGCAGGGCAGUUCGCGGCUGCAACUGGGUCAGUGGGCCUGUCCGCGGCUGUCCCGGUGCUUUUCACUUUCCCGUCUUCUCCCGUUGCGCCUGUCAUUCGUUCAAAUCCGCACGGUGCAGCCCGCAUAAACCGUCGUAACAUGCAGGCCAACGGGGCAGGACAGGACCGAGAUUCAGAGCUGUCCUGCCGAAACGGUGCUCAAAACGGCGAGUCGUCCUCCGCCGGCGGAGCUCACUCGAACGGACUUGUGUCAGUCACCAACAAUGAAAACUCUAUCAGCAACAACAACGGAGUGGCAGCCCAGCCUGCGUCCAACAACAGCAACACCACGUCGGACGCCAAUUCCUCCAUCAAGAAGAAAAAGCGUCUGUCUCAGUCUGAGGAGGAUGUCAUCAGAUUGAUAGGGCAGCAUCUACAUGAUCUAGGGCUGAAUCAGACGGUGGACCUGCUGAUGCAAGAGUCUGGCUGCAGAUUGGAGCAUCCGUCUGCCACCAAGUUCCGCAAUCAUGUUAUGGAAGGAGAGUGGGAUAAGGCUGAGAGUGAUCUGAAUGAGCUGAAGGCAUUAAUGCAUUCUCCAAGCGCUAUAGUGCGUAUGAAGUUCUUGCUGCUGCAGCAGAAGUAUUUGGAGUAUCUGGAGGAUGGGAAGGUCCUGGAGGCACUACAGGUUCUCAGAGCCGAACUCACGCCCCUCAAAUACAACACAGAGCGCAUCCAUAUACUGAGCGGGUACUUGAUGUGCAGCCAUGCAGAAGACCUGAGAGCCAAAGCGGAAUGGGAAGGCAAAGGCACCGUAUCCCGUACAAAGCUUUUGGACAAGCUACAGACAUACCUGCCUCCAUCAGUGAUGCUGCCGCCUCGCCGGCUGCAGACUCUGCUGAAGCAGGCAGUGGAGCUGCAAAGGGAACGCUGCCUCUACCACAACACCAAGCUGGACAGUGGCUUAGACUCCGUCUCUCUGCUGCUGGAUCACGCCUGCAGUCGGAAACAGUUUCCCUGCUACACUCAGCAAAUCCUCACUGAACACUGCAAUGAAGUCUGGUUCUGCAAGUUCUCCAAUGACGGCACCAAACUGGCCACAGGAUCCAAAGAUACCACAGUCAUUGUGUGGCAUGUUGACACGGAAACCCACCAGUUGAAGUUGAUGAAGACUCUGGAGGGUCACGCUUAUGGUGUAUCCUACCUGGCCUGGAGCCCCGAUGAUGCCUAUCUGAUUGCCUGUGGUCCAGACGAUUGCUCAGAACUGUGGCUUUGGAAUGUCCAGACGGGGGAGUUGCGAACAAAGAUGAGCCAAUCUCACGAGGAUAGCCUGACCAGCGUAGCCUGGAAUCCAGAUGGCAAACGCUUCGUCACCGGUGGCCAGAGAGGCCAGUUCUACCAGUGUGACCUAGAUGGAAACCUCCUGGACUCAUGGGAGGGAGUUCGGGUGCAGUGCCUGUGGUGUUUGAGUGACGGCCGGACCGUCCUCGCAUCCGACACCCACCAACGCAUCCGAGGAUACAACUUUGAGGACCUGACAGACAGAAACAUAGUGCAGGAGGACCAUCCCAUCAUGUCUUUCACUGUUUCAAAGAAUGGAAGGUUAGCUCUGCUGAAUGUUGCAACUCAGGGAGUGCACCUGUGGGACCUGCAGGACCGGGUGCUGGUGAGGAAGUAUCAGGGUGUGACCCAGGGCUUUUACACCAUCCACUCUUGCUUCGGAGGACACAAUGAAGACUUCAUCGCCAGCGGCAGUGAAGACCACAAAGUUUACAUCUGGCACCGGCGCAGUGAGCUGCCCAUCGCAGAGCUGACUGGUCACACCCGUACAGUCAACUGUGUGAGCUGGAACCCAGUCCUGCCAGGUCUGCUGGCCAGCGCCUCCGACGACGGGACCGUCCGAAUCUGGGGACCCGCCCCUUUCCUGGACGUCCAGGAUGCCGAGGGGCUAAAUGAAUGUUGUAGCAUGGACAGCUGAUGGUGAGCUGGCCGCUCAGGACCUGCUGUACUUGUGAAACUGCAGAGAAUAAGACUCUAAUAGACUCUUGAAUGGAUGAAGCGAAGAACGCUUUCUGAGUUUUGACGGCUGCUUCCUGGAGACUGGGCCACUGGUGCUGUCCGUCAGGAUGUCACAACACAGAUGUCAGACUAAAAUCACACUAUUGAAACUGGGCCCAGGCAGACGAAGCCGGGCUCCGGGACCCUCAGCAUCUGACAGUCAUUGUUGCACCUCCUCCUGUAUCUGGACCCAUCCUCUCACCGCCACGCCAGGACCACCACCCUUAUGUUAUUUAUUAUCAGCAUUAUUUAUUCUCAUUAUUAGUCCAUUGAAUAGUGAUAGGCUAUGAAGUAGCAGCGCACGGUGAAGGGCGUGUUCUAUUCCUCCUGUGACGCACUUGUUUUCGUUAGUUUGACUCAGUGCUGCCUGAACCGCGCAAAUGAAGAAGCUCAAAUUUCUUUUUUUUUUUUUUUUUUGUUUCACCUCCUGAACCUUUUAAGAGAGAUUUUAACUGCAAGUAUAUUUUAUCAGAAUUUAAUGGAUGUAUUACCCACCGAAGAGAAUCCUGGAAAUGCUAAAUACGAGGUUAUCUUGUCAUUGUUUUUUUCUUUCUUUUUUUAAAUCAAGUACAUUUAACUUUGAGUGUGUGUGUGUGUUUUUUUUUUCCUGCUAGUUUCAGCUUGUUUUCUUAUGGUGAGAGACAGGAUAUUUGACGGGCAUGUUUCAUAGGAUUGCACAGGACUAAAUAGUAUUUUAUUAUGCUGUGGUUCACAUCGGUCUGUUCCCGCUAUGCCUAUGUUGAUUUGUUAGCUGCCGUGUAGCAGCUACAGUGAGGAAAGAUCUAGAGUUGGAGGGAAUGAUCUGUAUGUGUUUGUCGUGGCUGUUCGACCUCCUUGCCUUCAGCGUGUUUUCCUCUCAUGUUACAUUUUAUUUUGCUGUUUUGCUCUCGCUUUGUCUUUUCUUCCCCCAAGCUGUGGUGAACUGUAUUGAUUUAUUUCUAAAUCUUGAGUGUUCUCAUAUGUAAUUUAUUCAAGCUCUGGCAUAAAUACAUCAGUCAUUCACUGUUAAUAUGGACUGUUUGGUUGUUACAUGUGUUGGGUUUCUCGUAUCACUGCAAUCAUUUUGUCUCGUUUUUAUUUGCUACAAGUGGAGCUCUAUCAUUUUAAUAAUUGCUGAACGUAUAACACAUUUGUACACAAAUGUAACAUACGAUUAUAAACUUGUACAAAGUGUUUCUUUUGGAGAGUCAUAUAAACAACCUUGCCUGAUACUGUAUGUUCUAUGUAAUAUGUGCUGUAUAUUUCUAUGUUAUGGCAUGUAUUAUGAGGCUGUGUACAAACAGCAGACAGGAUGAUUUUUUUUUUUUUCCUGCCCAGAUGCCAUCUCCACCAUCACCAGCUUAAACGAUGUCAUCACAGAGCAGUGCAUACUAGUGGUACACAACAAGUAGAUGUACACGCACACACACAACACACACACACCUCUAAUACACAUGACAAUAUGAGUCAGUCACAGAUGUGGUGUUCUAGUUUCUGCUUCUGCAAGGUUUUUGUUUACUUCUGAGUAUUUUUGGGGCUUCUUGUGUUUCUCCUCCUCGCUGUAAGAAGCUGAAGUAAGAAAUCUGUUUGCUUGCAGCCAAUUUACAAGAAUCCAUUUUACAUUUUAAAUGUGCUAUUACAAAAAGUGAUUGUACUGUUACGUAUUGUUGUGUAGGAGAAGUGUUAUGUAUGCAUAUUUUCAAUAAAGCAUUCAGGGUUUUAAAAUGUUAA